AUGUUCUCAUUUCCAAGCAGGGUUCUGCUCUGUAGUGAGCAUGUGGUUACUGGAAGCCUGUGGGCAGUAUCAUGGCUCACUAUUCAAAAAGUCCCCUUUGGUGGAACCCACAGGCGGAGAGGAAGCACAGGAUUCAUAAGAUGGCGGGUGGGAGAAUAUAUAAAAAACUGGAGGCCAAGAUAUUUCCUUUUGAAGACAGAUGGCUCAUUCAUAGGAUAUAAAGAGAAACCCCAAGAUGUGGAUUUACCUUAUCCCCUCAACAACUUUUCAGUAGCAAAAUGCCAGUUAAUGAAAACAGAACGACCAAAGCCAAACACAUUUAUUAUCAGAUGUCUCCAGUGGACCACUGUUAUAGAGAGAACAUUUCACGUAGAUACUCCAGAGGAAAGGGAAGAAUGGACAGAAGCUAUCCAGGCUGUAGCAGACAGACUCCAGAGGCAAGAAGAAGAGAGAAUGAAUUGUAGUCCAACUUCACAAAUUGAUAAUAUAGGAGAGGAAGAGAUGGAUGCUUCUACAACCCAUCAUAAAAGAAAGACAAUGAAUGAUUUUGACUAUUUGAAACUACUAGGUAAAGGCACUUUUGGGAAAGUUAUUUUGGUUCGAGAGAAGGCAAGUGGAAAAUAUUAUGCUAUGAAGAUUCUGAAGAAAGAAGUUAUUAUUGCCAAGGAUGAAGUGGCACACACUUUAACUGAAAGCAGAGUAUUAAAGAACACUAGACAUCCCUUUUUAACAUCCCUGAAAUAUUCCUUCCAGACAAAAGACCGUUUGUGUUUUGUGAUGGAAUAUGUUAAUGGGGGAGAGCUGUUUUUCCAUUUGUCGAGAGAGCGGGUGUUCUCCGAGGACCGCACACGUUUCUAUGGUGCAGAAAUUGUCUCUGCCUUGGACUAUCUACAUUCCGGAAAGAUUGUGUACCGUGAUCUCAAGUUGGAGAAUUUGAUGCUGGAUAAAGAUGGCCACAUAAAAAUCACAGAUUUUGGACUUUGCAAAGAAGGGAUCACUGAUGCAGCCACCAUGAAGACUUUCUGUGGUACACCAGAGUAUCUGGCACCAGAGGUAUUAGAGGAUAAUGACUAUGGCCGAGCCGUGGAUUGGUGGGGCCUUGGGGUUGUCAUGUAUGAAAUGAUGUGCGGGAGAUUACCCUUCUAUAACCAGGAUCAUGAGAAACUUUUUGAACUAAUUCUAAUGGAAGACAUUAAAUUUCCUCGAACACUCUCUUCAGAUGCAAAAUCAUUGCUUUCAGGGCUCUUGAUAAAGGAUCCAAAUAAACGCCUUGGUGGAGGACCAGAUGAUGCAAAAGAAAUUAUGAGACACAGUUUCUUUUCUGGAGUAAACUGGCAAGAUGUGUAUGAUAAAAAGCUUGUACCUCCUUUUAAGCCUCAAGUAACGUCUGAGACAGACACCAGAUAUUUUGAUGAAGAAUUUACAGCUCAGACUAUUACAAUAACACCGCCUGAAAAAUAUGAUGAGGACGGUAUGGACUGCAUGGACAAUGAGAGGCGGCCGCACUUCCCUCAGUUUUCCUACUCUGCAAGUGGACGAGAAUAA